CUUAAAUAGAUCUAUAUCAAGCUCUAAUUUCUUCGAUUUCCUUAUUCAAGUUCAAAGAACGGCUCCAAUCAACUUCCUUUAGCCUACGACUCAACUAGUCCAUUACAAUAUUUUUGAAACAGAACUCUUUUUGCAACGAUGCACAAGUCAACUGAAAGGGGAUCUCAAGGGCCUCAAUCCCAGUUCCAGCCUGGUCACGAAGUCCCCGUUCAACAUCUUGAGAAGCCUGGCUUGCAGAGCGAACUAGGGGAUCCAAAGCCUACAUCAACACAACUCCCGACCGAGGACAAUGGAUACCAAACCUACAAAGCAGCAGGAAAACUGACAGGCAAGAGGGCAAUCAUUACGGGCGGAGACUCGGGUAUCGGACGAGCCGUUGCCCUUCUAUUCGCAAUGGAAGGCGCAACGAGCCUGAUCACGUACUUGCCCGAGGAAGAGUCAGACGCGGAAGAGACCAAGCGGCGUGUAGAGGAACUGGGGCAGAAGGUUCAUCUUCUCGCCGUCGAUCUGCGGGAUAAGAAGAAUUGCCAAAAGGUGGUCGACACGGCUCUUCAAACCAUGGGUGGCAUCGAUACGCUGGUGAAUAACCAUGGUUACCAAAACAUGGUCGAGGAUAUUCAAGAUCUGGAUGACGAUCAAUGGGAACGGACAUUCGACACCAACAUCCACCCCUUCUUCUAUCUCUCAAAAUAUGCGCUUCCUCACAUGAAGAAUGGCUCAACCAUUAUUAACUGCGCCUCGGUCAACGCUUACAUCGGUCGGCCGGAUCUUCUCGACUAUACGUCCACGAAGGGAGCGAUAGUGGCCUUUACUCGAGGGCUCUCGAAUCAGCAGAUCAAGAACGGCAUCAGGGUGAACUGCGUCUGCCCUGGACCGAUUUGGACACCGCUUAUUCCGGCCACUAUGAAUACCUCUGCGCAGGAGCAGUUCAGUGGAUCCCCCAUGGGUCGUCCAGGUCAGCCUAGCGAGGUCGCAACAUGCUUUGUAUUCCUUGCUAGCCAGGAUAGCAGCUUUAUCUCUGGCCAGUCUUUGCAUCCCAAUGGUGGAGUCGUUGUUAAUGGCUAAAUUAUUUCCAACGGAGAUCAUAGGUUGAAAUGAAUCUAUAUUCCAUGUCGUGUGUCUCUAGCAAGACUAUCUUACCAUUCCCAGAAUACAUAAGGAGCAUCAACGCCACAAAUCUUGUGUGUUUCGAUACUCGAUAUGUAUUCGAGGGAUACUCGCGAGAAAUUCUGAUAUUGUGCAUGACUUGGUUUCUUUGAUUCGAUCUGUUACCAGCUAGUUAUGACAAAUCACGAAUCGCUCAAUUAAAGAUUUGAUGUUCUUGAU